AUCACCCAGAUAGCAUAACAGACAAAGGUAUUAUAGUAAAACAAAAUUGCAUUUUUUCGUUGUUUUUUACUCUAAAUGGAACAACCAAAGCCGAGAAGCAAAACAAAGGUCAAAAAGAAAAACAAAGAAACAAAAAUCAAUGAUUCGGAUGAUGGCCACCAGGUUGAAGAUAUGUUAGAGGAAACUCCCCCAGCAGAAACCACCACGCCCCCUAAUGGCGAAACAUGCAGUCCUGUCGUACCUGGACAAUUCUAUCAACUAUGGGCGGGCAAGCGUAACGUGUCACAUGAUGAUAAUGAACCCAUUGUGACUCACACACAAGAUUAUGAAGACCCCUCAGCCCCACCACCCCCUCUCACCUUUGACCCCGUAACCCCUGACACAGUUGGACCCACAGCCCCGUUAUUCCUCAAUGAAACAAACCUAGAUGUUCAACUUAAUCUACUGGAUAAUGAUGAUGAGUUGAGUGACUCAUUACCCCACCAAGUGGAGAAUGAUGCAGUGUUGCCGUUGGCGGAGGAUAGUUGGGACAUGGCGGGUGAAAACAUAGAAACAAUAUAUCCAAGUUUACCACAGGAGGAAGAUGAGGAAGACACAAGUGUUUUGAGCCCCUUCAGCCACGAGCAGUUAUCCACAUUCUACCAUAACAUGUUAUUGGACCACGGAGAUGUAUACACUGAUCAGUUUAUUGAGGAGUCGCACCAUUAUGAUGAUGUGUUUAAAACUCUAAUGCUUAAUUAUUAUCAGGCAUACGAAAGACUGAUGAUAGCUGAACAAGAGAGCAAACAACAAAAUGAAAAGAUUGAAAAAAUAUUCGAGCAAGUUUUUAUCACUGAGAUGGAAGAAGUCAGGGCAGAGGUUUACUGUCAAGACCAGCGUAAAGUAUCACACACCCAUCGUUAUGAAUCUUUCCAUAUUGAUGAAGAAGCAGUAACAAAGUUAAGCACUUCACUAAAUGAAGCGCAACACAUGGUUAAUGGUGAAUUAAGUUCACUUAUGUUCACAUCAUCGUUGGCUUACCUACGUUGUGAACAACACUUGCAUGAACUUGUGAGGGUUUUCAAACAUCAUAGAAAAAGACUGCAGGAGAAUCAAGGUUAUUGUGGCUUGUGUUUGUGUGAUAAAUAGGCA